CUUCCGGCGGAGUGUGGAAGCAUCAUAUGCGCGAAAGUCUACUUCCCCGAUGUUGACACUCUAGUUUCGAUUUUAAAGGCUCAUUUUCUACGCAACCUGUUUGAAAGAGGAAGAAUGUCGGGGUUGUGGGGAGAAAUACCAACUGUUCCUGAGACAGACUCUGGAAUUGCAGCGAUUGAACGAGAACAGAUCACAAAGCCACGACCCAUGGAAGUGGAAGGUCCUCCUUUACAUCAACCUUCCAGUCGCCACCAUCCGCCGACCAAUGAGCCUCUUCCAGCCAGGUGGUUUCAAAUUGACCCAGUGACUUUGCACACCAUAAGACUUAUACAACAUACUCGAAAAACACGGCAAGCAAUUCAGUAUAUCCUGCAUCAACAGUCAACACAAACUGAAAAUAAAGGUGAUGGAGAGAGCAGCUUUCCAAUUGUCCCUCCAAUUCCAGAAUAUACCAGACCACCUUUACAGCAUGAAGAACACUCAGCAGUUCCUUACAUACCUGCAAACUUUGACAGUGACUUUGUCAAAGGGAUUGGUGAGACUCCACCAGCUAUUGAUGAAAUAGCUAAUCGCAAAUUGUUACGACGAUCAGUGGCAGCCAUUUUAGCACACAUGUCAUUUGAAUGUGCUCCAGAAUCAGUGCUGGAAACCCUGACAGAUGUUACACAUGAAUAUUACUUGCAGUUCAUGAAACACUUGCGAGCAGCAGCAGAUGCAGCUGGAAUGAAUGGCCUGUCAGGUUUUCCUGACAUAAUUGAAAAAGUGUUUCACGAGAUGGGGAUUGGCAGUGUCACUACACUACAUGAAUUCUAUCAAACACGUAUAUUAGCAUACCAUAAACACAUGAUAGAAACGUGUAAGCAUCUUGUGACAGAGUAUGAAAAACUGAAGCAACCAACAUCACUCAAGUCACCAUCUAAUGGUCAACAGAAAGAUACCCUGCAUAUUAUAAGGAUCAAAGAAGAGCCAAGUGCAGAGAUUCAGUUUCCUGUUCUUGAUGAAAAUGAUGAAGUUAUUGAAGCAGAACGCUUUUUGCAGUUAGAGGGUCUAGGCAGUUUCGAGAUUACGGUUGAGCAUGAGACUGCCAGUGGCCUAACAACAGAAGUAGAAUCCAAGUGGACACAGCCCCUAAAGUCUGAACAUCCUGAAACAAGAGGGAAACAUUCUGAUGGAGAUGAGGGAGUUGCACCUAGUGAUGUAGCAACAUCUUGUCUGGGAGGAGGAGGCAGUCAAGACAUACCUAGUGUUCCUCGCAGUGUUCGUGGGGCUGGAAUGGAUGGAGAUGGAAGCCAAGGUCCUGUAUCAGCCCCUACCCAAGACCUUGGAUCGCCAAACUCACCAUCAUUGUCUGCCCCCAGCAAAGUGAAGAGAAAGAGAACAUCUUGAAAAACAUUGCUGACAAUUUUGAGGCCACCUUUGAAUCCAUCUUCAUCGUGUACUUGGGAUCAAGAGAAAGAUUACCUUUUCUGUAUCAUAUGUCUAUAUUUUAAGAGAAGAAAAUUAUGCAUUAUCUGUGUAUGACAAUCUAGGCUGAUAAAGUCACAAUGACUAAAAUAAUGCACAAUGCAUGCUCUGUAUAUUAUACAAUUAAAAAAAUUAAAAGGAACUUAGAGCAUGGAAUGCAUGUAGUACUUGCGUUUGGUUCUGUGCAAUAAAUACAGAUGAACAUAAAA